GAUGAUGAUGGUUGCAGUAGGAGGGGAGGAGAUGAUGGUGGUUGCAGUAGGAGGGGCUCCUCCGGUGUCUUCUUCUCCGUCCUUUCGCUCUCCUCAGCACCGUCCUCCUCCUUUUUCUUCCAUCGUUCUCUCGGUCUCAGAUUCUUCCUCUCAUGGUGGUCUUACCUCCCUGCCGCAGCAACUGAUAUAUUCUCCUUUAUCCAUCAUGUUUGCUUUUUACUCCCUCCUGAUUUACAUCAUCUACACCUUCUUCAGGAAGCCCCCAACUGCAGGACGAGAGGAGAACACCCCACGAACGGACCCCCCAAAGGAUGGAGAGACGAACAAAGGAUCUGCCAAAUCCACGCACCGUGCGCUGUGGGCGGAGCUGGACGAGCUGCAUAGUAGUGAUGACAGCAGUGGGGUCUCCGGGUCAGAAGAUGAGGCUGCAGGAACUGGAGACCAGAUCUUAGGAGAUAUCAGCUCCCCACUAUCCGAGUUCUUGGCUUUUAAGCAGGAAUCGGCAUCUGAUCAACCAUCAGCUACGAGUUUGGACAAGCUGUCCUCCCCGCUCCUCACCGUCAUGUCUCAUCUCAUCACCUUCCUGGAGCACUACUCCCAGAUGCAGCUUCUUCAGGGGAAGGCCCGGGAGUACCGCGCUCAGCUGCAGCGGGAAGAGCGCAGGCGUAAGAAGCAGCUGAGAACUUUGCGAGAGGCGUACAAGCAACGCAUGAAGGACAAGAUGAGUCUCAUUGAGAGCCUGGAGAGCGUCAUCUGUGAACAGCAGAUUGUCCUGGAGAGACUGCAGAGGGGAGUCCUCUGUGUCUCACACCCUAUGUCCACACUGCCCCAUGUGGGCAUCCACAAGCUGGUGGAGUCGAUCAGCGUGUUGCAGUUGGAGAGAGCAAAGUUACAGGAAGAGGUCGGAGAACUGAGGCAAGACAUCGAGCAGAAGGAGAAGGAACAGCAGCAAGUGUCUGAAACACUGCAGCAACAGAUUGAAGAAUUAAAGGGAAAGAUCCAAGAGCGGGAGGAGGAGUUGUCCCAGCUUAGGGCAGAAAUGGGCGUCACUGACUCAGAGAAACAAAUCCAGAACUUGUCUGUGGAGAACGAGAAUCUGAAGCAAAGUCUGAACAUGACCCAAGGACUCCUGGAGAAGCUUGCUGCUGUAAACAGCCAGCCCUCCUCCCAGCUCAUCAAGGAGAACGAUGACCUGCGCAGUAAGGUCCACCACCUGGAGACGUCUCUGCAGGACAAGGUGGAGCAGCUCGUGUUCACCAAAGGUCACAUGGACAAUCUGCAAUGGCGGCAAGAAGAAGAAACCCGCCAGCUGGAGGAGAAGGUCCAACGACUGAGGCUGUGCCUAGAGCAAGAGAAAAAGAGACCUCCGGAUGUACAGUACAUCACACAGACGGUGGAGGUGGAGUCCCCGACACUCCUGCACAGCUUAGAGAAGGCGGAGGAAAGAAGCCGAAUUCUACAGGAACAAGUGUCCGACCAUAGUGAGAAUUGUCAGCGACUGGAGGAGCAGCUCAAGAGAUCUGAGGACCUGACCUCCUCCCUGCAGACCAAG